AUGUUUAACAAAGACGGCAUCAAUAAAAUUGAUCAUAUUUUAGAAUUUCCUGAUGAGGUUCUAUUGACCAUUCUUUCAUUUUUAGAGCCAGAAGAUAUAAAAACCAUUUAUUUAACCAAUAGAUAUUUGUCAAGUUUUUGUUUUGAAAAUAAAAUAUGGAAGGCUAUUUGCAAAAGAAAGUGGAGCUCUUCACCAAUUUUUAAAAGAAAACCAAUUUCAAAUUGGAGAAGCUAUUAUUUAAAAAAGAAAGGAUUUAUGGAUUUAUCUGGUGGUUUAAGUUGGAUAGAAAUUUUUUCAAGCGAGGGCGAAAAACCCACACCACGUUAUCAAAACACUGCAGUUACCAUUGGAGAUUCGAUUUACUUUAUUGGUGGCCAAGAUCACCCAGAAAACAGAUACAAUACAAUACAUAGAUUCGAUACAGAAACACAGAUUUUCACAAGAUUGGUCCCAACUGGAAGUGCACCACCAAAGUUUGCAAGACAUACCUCAACACCAAUAGGAACAAAAAUAUACUCCCAUGGUGGUUUUGAUGGGUUUAAUCAACAUUUUGGUUUAAUGGUAUACGAUACAAUAGAAAACUCAUGGGAAAAUUUACAUCCUGAAGGUGAAAUACCAGUAUCAAGAACCAACCAUGCAAGUGCUGCCAUCAAUGAUUGCUUUUAUAUUUUUGGUGGAAUGUAUAAAAUUGGCCCAGAUUUAGUUUUCUUGAAUGACCUUUUCGAAUAUAACAUAGCCAACAAUACAUGGACCCAACUUAGAGGCGAAGGCGAUGUACCCCCACCAAAAUGUGGUCAUAAACUUUUUAAUUUAGGUGAUAAAUUGUUGCUAUUUGGUGGCGGGUAUGGCGGUCAAUGGGAUGUAAAAUAUAACGAUAUACAUAUAUACGACAGAACUUUUAACAAAUGGACCAAAGUACAAACCAAAGGUGACAUCCCAGUAUGUACUUUUACUGUUAGUUGGGUAGUUGGACCUUUCCUUUUUGUAUAUGGUGGACAAUCAGUCAAAGAUGACCUUUUAACAAACGAUUUAUUUAUGUUAGAUACUGUAAAUAUGGAAUGGAACAAAAUCCCAACCCAGUGCACACCAUUUCCACGUGAUAUGGGAUCAGGUUCAAUUGUAGGUUCGACUUUAUAUAUGUUUGGUGGUUUUUCAUCUACCCCAUUAGAUAGCUUAUUUUCAUUGGAUAUGUCAAAAGAUUUUGAAAGUGUAAUUCAAGCACCAUCACCCUCAAUCCAAGAAUAG